AAAAAACUAUAGCUCUGAGAAAGAUGCUGAAGCGAUGUCUUCUCACUUACUUCAUCUUGUUCUUAGUCUUCUUCAUUCCACAAAUAUCUUUCUCUUGCCCACAAGACCAAAUACAAUCCCUUCUUGAGUUCAAGAACUUGCUGACUCUGAACAUCAAUAACCACUACACAACAGUUAUCACCUUGGAAGGUUUAGAGACAUGGAAGCCAAACUCAGAUUGCAGCAAAUGGCAACUCGUCAGAUGCAACACUCGUUCCCCUACCAGAGAAGUGAUAGACCUGAAUCUGCACUCACUUGUCUUCUCUGGCUCAGUGAGUUCAAGCAUUCUGAGACCGGUCCUGCGUAUAAGCUCUCUUGUGACGCUCGAUAUCUCGUCUAAUUUCAUAGAAGGAGAGAUUCCUGGAGAUGGGUUUGUGAACUUGACCAGGUUUAUCUCUCUUGACAUGAGUGAUAACAGCUUUAACGGCUCUAUCCCUCCUGAAUUGUUCUCCUUGAAGACUCUUCAACGCCUUGACUUAAGCAGGAAUGAUAUUGGUGGUACGUUGAGUGGCGACAUCAAGGAGCUCAAGAAUCUGCAGGAGCUGAUCUUGUCUGAGAAUUUCAUUGAGGGAGAUAUUCCUCCAGAAAUAGGUAGUCUUACCGAACUGCGGACGCUGACAUUGAGGCAGAACAUGUUCAGUGGUUCUAUACCAUUGUCUGUGUCACAGCUGAUGAAGCUCGAAACGUUUGAUCUCCAGAACAAUUCCUUAUCUUUUGAGAUUCCUGACGGUAUUGGGAAGUUAGUCAAUCUAUCAAAUUUUUCUUUGAGCUUGAACAAGUUGUCUGGUGGAAUUCCAUUGUCCAUUCAGAAUCUGACAAAUCUUGAAACUCUUGAGCUUGAGAAUAACAAUGGCUUGUCAGGUGAGAUUCCCACUUGGCUGUUUGGUCUUCAGAAGCUGAGGAUAUUGCAGUUAGGAGGAAACAAACUCCAAUGGAACAAGAAUGGCUCUGUCUAUGCACAGUCUAAGUUAACACAUUUGUCACUUAGGUCUUGUGGUUUAGAUGGAACGAUUCCGGAUUGGCUCAAGAAUCAAACAGCUCUUCUUUUCCUGGAUCUGAGCUUGAACAAACUCGAAGGAAGUUUUCCCAAAUGGUUGGCUGAUCUGAACAUCGGAACCAUAAUUUUGUCAGACAACAAACUCUCAGGUUCAUUGCCUCCUAGUUUGUUUCAGUCUAUAAGCUUAUUGGUUCUUGCACUAUCAAGAAACAACUUCUCUGGUCAGAUUCCUGAUACUGUAGGCGAAACAUGGGUCAUGAUAUUGAUGCUGUCUGAAAACAACUUCUCAGGAUCAGUACCAAAGUCUAUUUCAAAGAUCCAUAGGCUGAUGUUUCUGGACUUGUCAAAGAACAGAUUAUCAGGUGGAUUCCCAAGGUUCGACCCCGAGUCAUUGCUUGCGUUGCUCGAUAUAUCUUCCAAUGAGUUCUCUGGGGAUGUUCCAGCUUUCUUUGGAUCAAACACCAUAAUGCUCUCAAUGAGUCAGAACAACUUCAGCGGCAAAUCCCUCAUGACUUCACCAAUCUCCCAUAUCUGAUGCAUCUUGAUCUUCAUGACAACAAAAUCUCCGGUAACGUCCCGAGUUUUAUCUCCCGGUUGUCUUCUUCUCUAGAGGUACUUGGCCUGACAAUCAAUUCCCUCGAAGGUA